GCUCAGUCACACCUCGCCAGUGAUAUCUGAUGCUGACAGCUCUGACCCAGGCUGAGCCUUAUUCCUGCAGGACCUCGUGUAGCCUAUGCUUCCCCAGUGCCUGCUGAGGCUCGCGCUCACGCGUACGCGCACACCGAUGGCUGUUGCUGGUUCAGUUAUUGUCCUGUACACGUGGAGGGUCAUUAUGUUGCACUUUAUCAGAACGCUUUCCUCCUGUUUUACAGUGCCAGAUUUGAUGCGCAUGGCUGUGCGCCAAAGUAAACACGGGUGCACUUAUCAGUCCUACUGAAAGCUGCAAGUGGUGACGGGGGAGCCGCGGGAGGAGAGAGUGAGUUUGUCCCCAGUGGAGUCCACAGUAAAUAGGCACAGGCGAAUGCGCAUGAUUUAGCAUCAACUUUAAUUAUGGCGUGUAUUCAGAGAUAACACCUCUAUGGCUCGCCUGCUAACUGAUUUAUGCAGCGUCUGACACAUUCGUGGUCGUUUCCAUACCGGCACUAGGGAUCAUUACUUCCUAUUCAGAGAUGUGACCAUAUGCACACUACAUCUAGAGACAAAAAUGCUAACCAUAUUCGUACAUUUUGAGUGGUGGCGCAUGUGUUGUGCUUGAAUAUGUAUGAGGUAAUGCGCGCAAGAAAGCUAUGUUGGAUAGAUGUGAAUGUCAAAAACCGGAAAGGUGUGCUGAUGUGCCCAUCUGGUAGCACUUUCAUGGUGCUUACCGUGCCUUAUGUGCCCAAAACGGAACCCUCAGGAUCUGCAGAACUAAUCUCAGAGCCAAGGAACUGGGGAGCACAGGAGGUGGAACGGUGACCUGUCAUUAACCCCGAGAUGAGCGGAACCACAGUUAGAGACGGAGUUUCAUCAAGUAGAUCAUCUUGAAAGGAAAUGUACAUAGUCAUUAUAACUUUCUGUUGCACGAAGAGGCCAUUUUAUAGCUGGUUAAUAUUUGGUUAAUAUUAAACUUAGUUCAUAUUUGAUCUUGUCGUUGGAUGAGAACAAAUUCAAAUGUAGCUGGACAAAAUGAAAAAAAUAUACUCAACACUUAUUAGGUCUAACAAUUUAGUGACUACCUAUGCCUGGCUCCAUCUAGCCAUCUGUGAUCAGUCGCAGCAGGCCUGACAAAGCACUUUAAUGGGAGGUGGCACGGGGAGUCAGUGCGACUUGGCACCACUGUGCCCAGUAAAGUCCUAAUUUUAAUUGAAUUUACUUUAUUAAUGCAUCGUUUAUGAAUGAAUUCUUCAAUAACUGAACCGAACUGAAACAAAACUCCAAGCAAGUUUGAUGACCUCUGUGCGGGCAUGACAUUGUACAGAAAUUGCGCAUCAACAAAUCAACUGUACCCAUUUGCAGUCUAUUGUUUAGAGAUCAUAACAAUCCGGCGAGGUAUUGUGUCUCAGUAAGCCUCGGGAGACACUCUGCUGAGCUCCACGGUUGGCAGAGAGGGACAGAGGAGGCAGCCUGUAAAGGAAGCACGACUCGCUUAUAGCGUCAUUCUGGGUAUAGGCGUUGAGCAGGAAACAGCCUUUCCUCUCGGGUUGUCGCAGUAGAAACAAACACACAAUUUUGUCUUUGCUCAAUGCACCCCUCGGCACAGAACACGCGGAAGCCGGUCAGAAGGAAAAAUGCCUCCUUCGAUAGGGAUAGCUGUUCUGCUCCUUGGCGUCCUGGCUUUGGAGACGCGCCUGAGUGCCAGCGCGCUGCACAUCCAACAGGCAUUCCCGUCUACAAAUCAGACUAAUAACUUCGUGGUGGAUCCGGUGUCCAGAAAGGUUUACCUGGCCACUGUCAACACAGUCUACCAGCUGAACGGGACCUUGAGUAUCGAGGUGGCGAAGAGGACCGGGCCGGUGGAGGACAACCUGUUGUGCCAUGCGCCACAGCUGCCCCAGGCUCCGUGCGAGCAUUCCAAAUCUCUUACUGACAAUUACAACAAGCUCUUGAAGCUGGACCGAGAGCAAGGGGUGGUGCUGGUAUGUGGAUCUGUGUAUCAAGGCUUUUGUGAGCUCAGAAAAAUGGAGAAUAUUUCUGAGAUAGCCGUGGAGUUCCCACCUCAAGGCGAGAAGACUGUUUUCCCCAGCAUGCUCAACAUUGCUGCCAAUCAUGCAAACGCGUCCACUGUCGGGCUUAUCUUCAAGAGCCACGGGGGAAAUACCCGGCUUCUUGUGGGAGCGACGUACACAGGGGCUGGUACCCAGUUUUUCCCCAAUAACCGCAGCAAGGAGGACUUGCGCUUUGAAAACACCCCGGAGAUCGCCAUCCGCUCCUUGAACAUCAAGGAUUUAUCCCGACUUUUCACCUAUGACAUUAACCCUUCAGAGGAUAAUGUUUUCAAGAUCAAACAAGAAGUUAAAACCAAAAACAAACUGAACUUCGUCCACGCUUUCAUCCAAAAGACUUAUUCCUACAUCGCCUUCAAUAAUGAUGCAAAAAUGGGCCACAAGGAGAGCCAGCCCAACAGCAUCCUCGCCAGGAUAUGCCUGGACACAGAAAACCCCCGAAAGUCCACCGGGCCAGAGAGUAGAAAGCUCACUGAAUCCUACAUCCAGAUGCCUCUACAGUGCGGAUUUAACGGGAACAUUUACAAUCGGCUCUUGUCUGUGUACCAGACGGAGAUUCACACAGAGGACGUUAAGGGCUCAGAGCCCUAUCUGUUCGGAGUGUUUUCCAAAGCGGACAGAAAGUCCGCUCUAUGCGCUUUCAAGUUUGGAGACAUUGAAGAGGAGAUCCGACAAGGCCGCAGAAACUGUUCCAAUUCCCCCAGCAGCGAUGUACAGGUGCUGGACAGCGUUAUCCAGGGCUCCGGGGCAGCCUGCAUUCAGAAGGGAAACCUGGUGUUGCAACCCGAGCAGCUGGAGUGCGGUGCGGCCCACCUGCAACACCCUCUGGCCCUACGGAGGCCCCUGAGGGCUAUUCCGGUGUUUGAAUACCCAGGCCUUAGUGCAGUUUCUGUGGACAAUGUACACAACCACACUGUGGUUUUUCUGGGAAGCAAUAAUGGACGACUUCGCAAGCUGACCCUCCUGGCAAACAUGACCUUGGCCAAUCAGUGGAAACUGAAGCUGCCAGGCAGCGAAACAGUCCAUCACAUCAUGACCUUUGACCCCAAUGACAGAAACUUCCUUUAUCUCAUGACCUCUCACCAUAUGCUGAGGGUAAAAGUUGCAGACUGUGACCAGCGGAAGAGCUGCAAUGACUGUUUGGGUGCGGGUGAUCCCCACUGUGGUUGGUGUACUCUGGAGAACAGAUGUUCCAUCCAGAAGGAAUGUGCUCAGGGUCUGUUGGCACGCUCUUGGAUCAGCAUAGGGGAAGGUGCCCAACAGUGUCCGUCCAUGACCCUGACACCACCAGAGAUCAGCAUCUCUGCAGACAUCAAGGAUGUAGGCAUCCUGAUAAAUGGCAGUGUUCCUGAUCUGGUCGGCUCCCGAGUGGAGUGUGAAUAUGGGCCUGGUGUUUCUACAGCUGCCACAGUACACCUGGACUAUGGUCCAGCUCAGAUCCAGACCUGUCCCCUGCUUCCUCUAGAAAAAUACCAAGCAAUCCCCCCUGGCACAGAUCAUCUGACUGUUUCUGUGGCAAUAAAGGUGAAUGGGACAUCUGUGGUAUCUGGAAGCUUCAUCAUCUAUGACUGCGAGAGGAUUGGAGCAAUACACCCCAAGACAUCAUGUGUGAGCUGCCUGAGCACUAGGUGGAAGUGUUACUGGGACCAAGAGAACCACCUUUGUGUCUCCAGUAAAGAUGAAUCAAAGCAUAACCUGUUAGAGAAUGCAGCUUCCUGUCCCAGACUGGUUGCCUCAGAGGUUCCCCCCUCACCAUCAGGAACUGCCCAGGAUUUCACUUUAUCCCUCAGCAACAUCCAGGAGGGGCAGAAGCUGGACUGUGACUUUGGGACAGAGCAGCGAUAUGAGGCUAGAUGGCUGAACAGCUCAGCUGUCAAGUGCAGUGGAGUGACACUGACCACUAAUCAGAGGAGUCAGGUUUACCACCUCAACCUGAGGAGGAGAGGAGGCCCUAGUGGAUGGGGGGCUGAUAUUUUUGUUGACAGCCCUCAGCCCAUGAAAGUGGAGGUGUACAACUGUGGCGUGGGUAGUUCGGACUGCUCCCAGUGCUGGGGCCGGGAGGAUCAAGGUCACCUCUGUGCCUGGUGUGAAAACAGCUGUAGGCCACGGGAUGACUGCCAGCCAAUCAGGGAUCAGUGUCCAGCUCCUGAAAUCCACAAGAUCUCCCCCCUGCGGGGUCCAGUCGAGGGAGGCACCCUCCUGACAGUGCAAGGCAGAGACCUGGGCCGAAGGGCAGCAGCAGUGAAGGUCCUCAUUGGAGAUGCGCCCUGUGUUGUCCUGCCGGAGCACUACACUGUCUCUGUAGAGCUGGUGUGUGUCACUGGGAGAUCUACAUAUGCUAGAACAGAUAUUGUCCAAGUGGAUGUGGAUCACAGUGGGACUGGGACGUCAAAGGAGAGCUUCUCAUACUUAGUCCCAAAGCUGCAAUCCAUGAAGCCGAGAAAUGGCUCUCGUGCUGGAGGAACCAGAGUGAACAUCUCGGGGGAGCACCUGGACAUUGGGUCUCAGGUCAGAGUCAGGAUCAACAAUACACUGGAAUGCAUCAUUACAGAGAAAGCAGAUGAAACCAUUGAGUGCAUCAUGCCUCCAGCCCUACAGGCGCACAGUGAUUUGGUGACAGUUUGUGUGGAAUUUGAAAACCUUCCCUGUCAAAGCGGGGAGCUUAGUACCUCAUACACCUAUGAGAAGAACCCCAUUAUCAGCUCCAUCCACCCCACAAAGAGCUACCUCAGUGGUGGCAGGACCAUCACAGUGAAAGGCCAGGGUUUUGAUCUGGUACAGAGCGUCACCAUGCAGGUCCUUAAAAUUGGACAAACACACUGCACGGUGUUCUCCCCUUCCAGCAUUAUCUGCUCAUCCCCGGCAUCCAGCCAAUCCCAGCAGACUUCGGUGCAGUUCUUCCUGAACGGAGUACUUUACACAGGAGACAGUCCCUCCUCCUCUGACAGCGAGCCAGAGGAGGAGGAGAGUGAGCUUCACAAAGGUCACUUCCUGUUGGAGUAUGUGGAGGAUCCUCAGUUUUUCACUGCCAACAAAGAGAAGCUGAUUAAACACCACCUCGGAGAGCCACUGACACUCAUCAUUAACAAAGGGCCGAGUGAUCUAGAACUGGUGCCAGAGGAGUACUCGGUGAUGAUUGGCCCCUAUCCCUGUAACAUCAGCUUCCAUAACGACCAGCUGUUUCACUGCACCAUGAACGAGCUGUUGAGCUCCAGCGAGAGGGAGCUGCCUGUCACUGUGCAGGUCGGGAACUUCCAUCACACGAUCGCCAAAGUGCAGCUUGGUGGCAGUGAACUGGCCAUUGUGGUAUCCAUUGUGGUGUGCUGUGUGCUGCUGCUGCUGUGCACUGUGGCUCUUGUAGUGUACUGCACAAAGAGUCGAAGGGCGGAACGCUACUGGCAGAAAACUCUAGUCCAAAUGGAAGAGAUGGAGUCCCAGAUCAGAGAGGAGAUUCGUAAAGGCUUUGCAGAGCUGCAGACGGACAUGACAGACCUAACCAAGGAGCUGAAUCGCAGCCAGGGCAUCCCCUUUUUAGAAUACAAACAGUUUGUCACACGUACAUUCUUUCCCAAGAUGUGCUCCGAUUAUGAGAAGAGUUUAGUUCAGCCUGCCUACGAGAAUGAUGCUCUGGGCCCUCGAGCGCUGCCGGAGACCCACCCGCUGCUGCAGGACUGGCAGGCCACCCACACAACAAGGCCUAACAUUGAGGAGGGCAUCACCCUGUUCUCCACUCUUCUCAAUAACAAGCACUUCCUGAUCACGUUUGUCCACGCCUUGGAGCAGCAGAAGGACUUUGCUGUACGGGACAGAUGCAGCCUGGCCUCCCUGCUUACCAUCGCCCUUCAUGGCAAACUCGAGUACUACACCAGUAUCAUGAAAGAUCUGCUGGUGGACCUGAUUGACGCUUCGGCUUCGAAGAACCCCAAACUGAUGCUGCGCCGAACUGAGUCUGUUGUGGAGAAGAUGCUGACCAACUGGAUGUCCAUCUGCAUGUACAGCUACCUCAAGGAAACAGUGGGUGAGCCUUUCUUCCUGCUGUUGUGUGCAAUCAAGCAACAGAUCAACAAGGGCUCUAUAGAUGCCAUCACCGGGAAGGCUCGCUACACACUCAAUGAGGAGUGGCUGCUCCGUGAGAACAUUGAGGCCAAGCCACAGAAUAUCAACGUCUCCUUCCAGGGCUGUGGCAUGGACUCGCUGUCUGUCAGGGUCAUGAAUACAGACACCAUCUGUCAGGUGAAGGAAAAGAUUAUAGAAGCCUUUUAUAAAAACCUUCCAUUCUCCCAGUGGCCCCGAGCAGAGGAUGUAGACUUGGAGUGGUUUGACUCUGGUAGCAACAGUAAACUUCUGCAGGACCUGGACAACUCCUCUGUGAUGGAGGAUGGCCGAAAGAAACUCAACACAGUCUUCCAUUACCAGAUCCCCGAGGGGGCAUCGCUGGCUAUGAGCAUGAAAGACAAGAAAGAGAACACCCUGGGGAGAGUCAAAGAUCUGGAUACAGAGAAGUAUGUACACUUGGUCCUACCUCAUGAUGAGUUAAUGGAGACCAAGAAGUCACACAGACAGAGCCACCGCAAGAAAGUCCUGCCUGAAAUCUACCUGACACGCCUGCUGUCUACCAAGGGAACUCUUCAGAAGUUCUUGGAUGACCUCUUCCAGGCCAUCCUUAGCAUCCCUCCAGAUCGGCCUCCUCUGGCUGUAAAAUACUUCUUUGACUUCCUGGAGGAGCAGGCUGACAAACGGGGCAUCACAGACCCAGACACCCUGCACAUCUGGAAAACCAACAGUUUACCUCUGCGUUUCUGGGUGAACAUCCUGAAGAAUCCUCAGUUUGUGUUUGACAUUGAUAAGACGGAUCACAUGGAUGCCUGUCUGUCUGUCAUCGCCCAGGCUUUCAUAGAUGCCUGCUCAAUUUCUGACCUGCAGCUAGGCAAGGACUCCCCUACCAACAAGUUGCUGUAUGCCAAGGAGAUCCCUGAGUAUAAGAAGAGAGUGCAGCGCUACUACCAGCAGAUACAGGAAAUGGCACCUCUCAGUGAGCAGGAGAUGAACGCUCACCUAGCUGAGGAGUCACGAAAAUACAGAAAUGAAUUCAACACCAACCUGGCCUUGACAGAAAUCUAUAAAUAUGCCAAAAGAUACAGAAACCAGGUGGUGAACGCUCUGGAGUCCAACCCCACUGCACGGCGCACUCAGCUGCACCACAAGUUUGAGCAGGUCAUUGCCCUCGUGGAGGACAACAUCUAUGAGUGCUGCAGUGAAGCCUGAACCUGUAGGUCCCUUUCUUUCUCCUGCUGACAGCUGCCUUUCUCUCACCUACUUGUUCGAUGGAGAAUUUCAGCCACUAAGUGUCAUUAUUAUUUCCACAGACUGUAACUAGCGUGAACAGUGGCCGAGCAAUGGAGUUAAACGUGCUUCUCAAAUGUUACACAUUUGCAAAGUGUUCCUCUUCUCAUAUGGGAACGCUGAGCAAUUUCCCCAAAUCUUGCCCUGAGACAUGGACAGAAUUCACAUCUGGCUCAGCUAUGCUUUCUAUCGAAGCUGCAGGAGCGUAGAGAUGAGGCUUUUUUUUCCCCCCUGGAUGUCUUUACAGUUACUGAGACCUACAGUAAGCCCUGGCGGCAAUUGUAACGCACUGAACCCUUUUCUAAAGGGAAUGAGCCAAUGAUGCACUGUACUGUAAUAUAAUGUCCAUAGCAAUAUUUAUAUAUGUGUUUUAAUGCUUUCAACUGGCCUGUUCAUCAGGAUGGGUAGAAAGGACUGUGACACACUCCUCUCAUCUCCUAAAACCUGCAGUGUUCUCAGGUGUGCUUGAUAAUGAUGGGUGACUGGCUUCCAUCAGCGGUCUGAACAAAAAGUCCCAAUGUGCUUUGCAGGUUGAUGAUGGGUUGAGGAGGAGUGGAGACAGAAAUAUAAAUGGCUGAAAUUAAUUAAAUCAGAUGCAAUGUAGUUCACUGGGAGGAGCUGCAUCAGUAUAGAAGUAUUGAUCAGUGUGCUUGUAAACAGAUGAAUACCAUGUUGGAUUCUGACUGGUUUAAAAGAUGGAAAAUUACAUUUAUCAAAAAACUCUGAGCUCAGUAUAAUGUGAGGAGAGAGUGUAUUUGUGAUGCCAAAUGACUUGUCAGAGUUUGUGAAAUAAAUUGCAGUAUUUAGGA